CGUGACGUCAGCACGGCUGCUGUCAGUCAGACAAAGACAGUCAGUCAGUCAGUCAGGGCGAGUCUUCCUCACAACAUCACAUAAAAUAUCAUCUUCAACAACUGACAGAGCGCAUUAAAUGAUCUGCUGCGCUGAGAUAUUGUGUAUUUUCCUCAUUCCAGAAUGUCUCACUACACAGAUGAGCCACGCUUCACCAUCGAACAGAUCGACCUGCUCCAGAGACUGCGGCGUUCAGGCAUGACCAAACCCGAGAUCGUGCACGCCCUGGACACCCUGGAGCGACUCGACCGCGAGCACGGGGACAAAUUCGGCCGGCGCGCACCGUCGGACUCCAACGCCACCACCUCCAGCACUACACCCACCUCAAAUAACACUAGCAGCGCCGCUUUGGCAACUUCCUCCACCACUUCCACAGCGACGCAGACGCAGUUCCACGGGAACUUAUCGCCAUCGCCCAACAACAGUUACGCUACAUCUCCGCCCGCCGUUUUACCUUCGCCGGUGUCUCUGGUCGCCAUGGUCCAGAAUGGGCGGGACGCUUUGGCGGCCACACCCAAUGGGAAACUAUCACCGAACCGUUGCCCGGUAAACAGUGCGGCGGCAAUGAGGUCGUACGUGCUGGAGGGGUCAGAGGAGGACCUGGAUAUAGACGACAAGGUGGAGGAGCUCAUGAGGCGGGACAGCACCCUGGUGAAGGAGGAAAUCAAAGCCUUUCUGGGCAACAGACGCAUCUCUCAGGCUGUGGUGGCUCAGGUCACAGGCAUCAGUCAGAGCAGAAUCUCUCACUGGCUCCUUCAGCAGGGCUCAGAUCUCAGCGAACAGAAGAAACGAGCUUUCUACCGCUGGUACCAGCUUGAGAAGACCACGCCAGGUGCCACACUAAAUAUGCGACCCACCCCUGUAUCUCUGGACGAGAUGGAGUGGCGUCAGACUCCGCCCCCCAUAAGCUCCGCCCCCGGAAGCUUUCGUCUGCGCAGAGGAAGUCGAUUCACCUGGAGGAAGGAAUGUCUUGCUGUGAUGGAGAGUUAUUUCAGUGAUAAUCAAUAUCCAGAUGAAGCCAAACGAGAGGAGAUCGCCAACGCCUGCAAUGCUGUUAUUCAGAAACCAGGAAAGAAGUUGUCUGAUUUGGAAAGAGUAACGUCUUUAAAAGUCUACAACUGGUUUGCCAAUCGACGCAAAGAGAUCAAGAGGAGGGCCAAUAUUGGGUCUUUUUUCCAAGAAGCCACAAUUCUGGAAAGCCACGGGAUUGAUGUGCAGAGUCCUGGAGGACACUCCAACAGUGACGACAUCGACGCUAACGACUACAACGAACAGGGUUGUGAUGUUGCCUAUUUUGAAAAGAGAAGUUUGAACAAACCUUUUGGUUACUACCGUCUGGAGCCCACCUCACCAACACAGGAUGACGCCGGCAAUCACGCAGACCACCAGGACCCCAUCUCUCUCGCCGUGGAGAUGGCAGCUGUCAAUCACAGCAUCCUCGCCCUGUCCCGUCCGGGAGCCGUGGCCAGCGAAAUCAAAACAGAGGCACUGGAUGAUGACUGAGAAUCGAUGUGUGGAUGUUCUCAGACGUGUUCAUGUGGCAACGACCAAAUCAGCGCUCUGUCUCAAGCUUUUAGAUCCUAACAUCGCCUGCCAUCAACACUCCUGCUGAACCACUAAACCAACCCAGAGUACAUGACAAGCGGAAGGUUGUUCCUACGGCUGACCCAAACCUCAUACCUCAUAUCAGUUCCUUUAGCUCGUAAUGUUCGUGUGCUUCCCUGUGUCUGUGCUCCAGUGACUCUCAUCGCUGUUCUCACGGAUACGAUCGUUCGAGAGAGAGGCGAGUCUUAUAGCAAAAAGACGUUUUUAAACGGCAAAGCUGUAUUUUAUUUCUGCUCUGGGUCCAUGAUGAACUCUUCCAUUCCCAUUACAGAUGCUCUCAGUUAACUGCUUUAAUGUUUCUACUUUCCUUUCGCAUGCCAUUUCAUCAAGCAGCAAUCGGGUGAGUCUCAUGAAAACGGUCUACAACACAUUUCACCACAAAUGAAAGGGAGAGAAAAUAUUUUUUUUUUUUAGAAUUCACAGAAUAAACAAUGUUUUGAGGAUCGCUAAGAUUGUUUUUAGGAUAUUUUAAAGCAGUUUGGGGGGGGGGGUAUACUUAAAUUUAAUAGCAUUUAUGGUAUUUUCCUACUUUUUAAAACGCAAAUUAAAAAAUUUAAAUAAAAAAAAAACACAAUUUUGGGGGAAAAUGUGCAUAACUGGCAUACAUAUUCCUUUUGAUUUGCUGGUGAAAUGUAUCUAGGAUGUUUUGUUGUUGUGAGAUUCACCCAAAUGCAUUAGAAUGAACUUUUACAUGCAAAGGGGGAAAAACUGAAUUAUAAUCAUUGUGAAACUUGAAAGAAAUGGUUAAAUAACAGCCAAAGCGCGCAAAGUUAUUCUGUGCAAAAGCUUAAGUCUCCUAGACUCUAAAUGAACCUGCAGACCGCUAGCGUUCGACGUCCAGCAUUACCCACAGUCAUUUAGCAUUAACGCAUUAUUCUUAUGUUUGUAUUUAUUUAACGUUUAUGUUUUUAUUUACGUGCAAUUCACGCAGAGUCAAAACCGAAGCAUCUGUUCUCAUUGUGUUUAGAUAUUUAGAUCUAAAGAUGUCGACGUAAAAUAUCAUUCCUCUAAAAUGUCAAAACUCCAGUGCAUAAAUGACGCUGCGUCCACAAGGCUUUAUUAUUAUUAUUAUUAUUAUUAUUAUGAAAUGACUUCAGAAUUUCACAGUGUUCAAGAGAGACUGACUAAUAAAUGUUUCCUCGGCUGCCACGGAGAUUCUGAGAGUCUGAACUCUCGUCUAGCGUAAGCUUGGUUCCAAAAUGUAGCUUAAUGUAUUCAGAAAAGGUUCUAAAAGAACUUUAUUCACUCGCUGGGCUUCAUUUAUUUUAUAUAAAAAAUAAACAAAACGAGCAGAACGAAUAAUUCGCAGAACCAUUCUUGCGUAAAUGAUCUCAAACUUGCUGCAAUGGUUUUAAAGUCAUUCUUACAUAAAUGUAGUAAAUUUAGGAU